UGUUUCCUCUGACAUGAGUCAGCAACCUGCGCUCUUGUCGAGAGUGCGUUUGGGAAGCUGAUGAACGGCAUCCAAGAAUCCUGCAUGAAUAUUUAAUUGGAAAGUGGAUGCGGCUUUAAUUGUGUUUGCGGGUGACGGGCCGCAUGACAAUCCAAAUACAGUCAUCAGAGCAGAACCACAGCAGGAGCCCCGACUGACUCACUGCUCCUCAUUCACUCACGCACGCUAUAAAAUGUCUUCGAGGAAAGGAAUAGUUGGACUGACACUUUCGAGUUCUCGCAGGCUGGAUAGCGGUCCUCAUUAAAGAGGAAACCAACGGUUUUUAAGAAGUCAAGAUGCCCCCGACGAAUCCGCAACUCGGUCGCGCAGGGGGCUGUGCAAAGACGGAGGAGGAGGAAGCCGCGAGCUCCGAGGAAGACUCGAGCUCGGUUCGUGGAAGUGGGGUGUGUAAAUGGUUUAACGUGCGGAUGGGCUUUGGCUUUCUGUCCAUGACCCAUCGGGAGGGCAUCUGUCUGGACUCCCCUGUGGAUGUGUUCGUUCAUCAGAGCAAGCUUCAUAUGGAGGGCUUCCGCAGUUUGAAGGAAGGAGAAGCUGUGGAGUUCACCUUCAAAAGGUCCUCUAAGGGUCUGGAGUCCUUACGGGUGACGGGGCCAGGAGGGGUGCCAUGCGUAGGCAGCGAGAAGAAACCCAAAGGCACCCAAAAACGCCGUUCAAAAGGAGAUCGAUGCUUCAACUGUGGAGGGCCGAAUCAUCACGCCAAAGAAUGCCAGCUGCCGCCUCAGCCAAAAAAGUGCCAUUUUUGCCAAAGCAUCACCCACAUGGUGGCCAACUGUCCAAUCAAAGCACAGCAGUUGUCACCGGGAUCUCAGGGAAAAUCAACAGCCUCCACCACAGGAGAAGAAGAGGACAUGAGCCACACCCCCUUCCCUCCAGACAGCUCUGAUUAGUCGUUGUCAGGGAAACCCGAGCCCCAAUCAAAAAGUAUCAAUAGAAAGCUGCUUUUGAAACUAACUCAGGUUUUUCUUUUUCAAACAGCAGAAAUGAAUGUCGCCGCUCACUUUUGUACAUUAUUCAGAAAUGUAAAACCAGAUUAACCUAAUAUAGAAUGUUAUACUUAAAAAAAAAAAAAAAAAAAUCAUAUCCAUCUUUAUUUUUGACAGGCAUUUUAGUAAUAUGUCUGUAACACAGCUUUGCGCUCCGCAAAUUUGGGAUGAACCGGGUAUUUCAGAUGGAUAAUCGUGAAAUAAAGGGCAGAUCUCACAAAAACAUGGCAGACUCAUUAAUUUAAAAAUUGACUAAAGUUUUUAUUUUUUUUUUCAAAAUUGCUUGGCGUCUAUAUAAAUCUUCUACUAAUUUUAAAGUUAAAAUAUAGUGCAUAAUUGUGUCUUGACGGGUUUUGUGAGGUCUGCCCUGCGUGAAGCAAGUUUGAAAGGCUUUUGUUUUCUGCCUUAGGUAGCAAAGUGUCUUAGAUUUGUACCGAAACAAUCAAAACCCAUCAUGUUUACAUAUUGCAAUAAGCCUGGAUGUUGGUGAUGCUGGUGAAAUUAUUCACCUGUACACUGGAGAAAUCAUACUGACUUCCGUUUUCAUUUUUCUGAUGCUGUCUGAGACUUCUGAUUGUGGUUUACACAGGCCAAUGAAUGUUAAAAUGCUGUGUUGAUGCAUAUCAUACAUUACCUCAGCCUCUCUAUGUCAUCAGUGGAAAUAUUGUGACUGCACUGUCAUUAGCUAGUUGCUGUAAGAAAGGCACGGUGGCUUUCUUGGAUUAUUUAACGCUGUGUGUUUUGCAAGGCUCGCUCUCAUUUAAAGAUCUGGUCAAUUCUAGGCAAAGUCCAGAAGGAAUCCAACUCGUAUUUGAGCCAAGACAAUAGCACAUGUUUUUACGAUAAUCUAUUUUUUUUGUCUUUUCCUUGUGCAACAUCAUAUGAGACACUAAUGAGGUAUCAGGUUUGUUGUUCUAAAUGUAUUCCAAGAGGAGAUCCUGACUAAAUUGAUCUCGCUUUAUUGUAAAUAACUUUUAAACCGCUGUUAUUUAUUUGUAGCCACACAAACUGACCUCAAACUCUGUGAUGUUGCGAUGGACUCAGUUUGCUCUCAGUCACAACAAGAGCUAGAUCCUUUCGGUGAUUAGUUAAAGAUUGACAGCUGGUGACCAGAAUUCACAAGGUUUAUACUAUGCUGAGAAUUAUUUUGAUGCACUAUUUUAUUUUUAAUUUUUUUUUUUUCAUAAUUUAUGGCCUGUUAAUGGCCUAAAAGUUUUUUUACAAUUUAUUCCCAUGACUGCAUGAAGUUCAGGUUUGUUCUCGUUUUGAGGGAGAGCAACUGAGCUGUCAGGCUUCACUGUGUUUGAGGAAAGCAUCUGGUCUUUGCCAAACGAAAGCACAAUGAAUCCUGCGUUUAGCCUGUUUGUAUAUCUGACCCAAUCCUCAAACUUUCAGAAACUCAGUGGAUAAAAAAAUACCUAGUUUUUUUUUUUAUAUAUAUUUUUUUUUUUUGCAGCAAAGCACAACCGGUUUGGUUUCAAGCACAGGUUGAAUGUUAGAGUGGUUGGUUAGUAACUUCUAAACUAACGGCACAUCACCGCUCCACAAGAGUUAUUUUUUGCUGUUUAGAGGCUAAUUUGUCCCUCAGAAUAACGUGAAAAGGUUUUAGUAUGUUAUUGCAUGGAAGUAGGUGUUAGAAUAGUAGGCUAUAGUGUUGGGUGGAUGGGUCUCGCCUUAAACAACCUGUUGAAAACUUGAAGUUUCAGGAUGUGAAGGUUUCUUUUCCAUUGAUAAGAUUGUAUUCUAUCUUAGUUCAUACCAUUAUUGUAUAUUCCAUUAUCCUUUUUAAUAUUUUGUGGUAUUGGUUCUUUUUUUAAUCUUUAUUUAAAGUAAAAACAAGAUGCGUAACUUGUUUUGAAUCUAUACAAAUCUACCUCAGGGUGUGUUGAAAUGUAUUAAAUGGACAUUGUUACCAGAGUGCUGUCCAUUUAAAUGUGUGUGUGAGAGAGAAAUAAGUGAGUGUGUGCUUUAGUUUAUUUUUCUAGGUUUAUUAAUGUAUUUAAUACGGUAUGUGUGAUCGUUUGCAAUGUAUCUGCACUGUUUAAACUCAGCUUUGGUCAAAUGUGUGUAAAAUUGUGGUUUAAAUUUAGACCAGCUCUCAGGAGAAGUGCAAAUGUUAUAUUGCUCCAGUACGUGUUUUAAUUAUUGUUUUUUUUUUUUAACUGUAAUGUUCUCUGAGAUUAACUCGGGAGUAUGGUCAUAAUUUCUUGUUUGGUUUUGAUUAAUGAAGAGGAUAAUCAAUGUUGGUGACUUUAAUUUUGUAAUUUAGAAUUAUUCUCUUUUUUUUUUUUUGUUGCUCUCUGAUGCUCGGGGCUCCAGACGCUGCACAAAUAUGGAGCCCUGCUUAUGUUCAGUUAGUGUCUUUCAGUCAUUUUGUAUUGUCGUUCAGGUGUGGUCAGGACUGUUUGUUCCACUUGUGUUUGAUUGAGGCAAAUACGUUUAGUGUUCCCGUGACCAAAGAAUGUAGCCACAUUGAAUUAGGCAAACAGAUAGCGUGCAGUUUAUGAAGUUUCUUCUGCUGUGAUCCAUGUUGAGUGGUUUCAGAGAAAACGCUUUGAGGAUCAGUUCAUCUUGACAAAGCAUGCAAAGAAUGAUGUGCCCAAAAUGUGUUUUAGUGUUAACAUUGACAACUGCUU